UCCGGCGGGGCGGUGCUUGCGCGCGUGAGCCGAGCCGUGGGUGAGCAGCGGCCACUGUGUCCCCCCCUCUCCACUACCUGCCUUGCGAGAGCUACCGCGGAAGGUCAGAUUAUCAUGGACCUGCGGCAGUUUCUUAUGUGCCUGUCCCUGUGCACAGCCUUUGCCUUGAGCAAGCCCACAGAGAAAAAGGAUCGUGUCCACCAUGAGCCUCAGCUCAGCGACAAGGUUCACGAUGAUGCUCAGAGUUUUGAUUAUGACCAUGAUGCCUUCUUGGGUGCUGAAGAAGCAAAGAGCUUUGAUCAGCUGACACCGGAAGAAAGCAAGGAAAGGCUUGGAAAGAUUGUAAGUAAAAUAGAUGGCGACAAGGACGGGUUUGUCACUGUGGAUGAACUCAAAGACUGGAUUAAGUUUGCACAAAAGCGCUGGAUUUACGAGGAUGUAGAGCGACAGUGGAAGGGGCAUGACCUCAAUGAGGACGGCCUCGUUUCCUGGGAGGAGUAUAAAAAUGCCACCUACGGCUACGUUUUAGAUGAUCCAGACCCUGAUGAUGGAUUUAAUUACAAACAGAUGAUGGUUAGAGAUGAGCGGAGGUUUAAGAUGGCAGACAAGGAUGGAGACCUCAUCGCCACAAAGGAGGAGUUUACAGCUUUCCUGCACCCUGAGGAAUAUGACUACAUGAAAGACAUAGUAGUGCAGGAAACAAUGGAGGAUAUAGAUAAGAAUUCUGAUGGCUUCAUUGAUCUAGAAGAGUAUAUUGGAGACAUGUACAGCCAUGAUGGAAAUGCUGAUGAGCCAGAGUGGGUGAAAACGGAGCGAGAACAGUUUGUGGAGUUUCGCGAUAAGAACCGGGAUGGGAAGAUGGACAAGGAAGAAACCAAGGACUGGAUCCUCCCUUCAGACUACGACCACGCAGAGGCGGAAGCCAGACACCUCGUCUAUGAGUCAGACCAGAACAAGGAUGGCAAGCUUACCAAGGAAGAGAUCGUUGACAAGUAUGAUUUAUUUGUGGGCAGCCAAGCCACAGAUUUUGGGGAAGCUUUAGUACGACAUGAUGAGUUCUGAGCCGCAGACAGAGGAACCCACAUUUCUUCAAAAGUAAUUUAUUUUUACAGCUUCUGGUUUCACAUGAAAUUGUUUGCGCUACUGAGACUGUUAUUACAAACUUUUAAGACGUGAAAAGGCAUAAUGAAAUAAUGGAAACCAUCCUGUCCCGUCUUCCUCCUCUCCAAGGGACUAGAGGGAAACCUCUGAGGAUCAACUGUACUUAGUACACUUGUGUUCGUAGGUCUACACUUUGUAUAAUGUACCAUGGUGUGUUUAUUUUUGCAUUGUUCUUUAGUUGGGAGUAUGAUAUGAAGGAUCAAGAUCCUCAACCCACAUUUGUAGGCAAACAUUAGCCCUUUACUCUUCUCAACCCCUUAUCACGUAUUUUUUUAUAAUUCUCACUUAACUAAUUUUUUUUAAAGCCUGAGAUCAAUAAGAAAUGUUCAGAAGAGAAAGAAAGGAAAUAUAUUUCCUCCAUUGUUUAUAUUUACAAAUAAUGCAUAAUCUUGCCUAUCAAAAAGUGACAUUUCACCCAUAGGAGGAGCCACACGUCCCAUUCAGUUGCUGCAGGCCCAGCGCCUGGGCCAGCCAUUCUCUGGGCAAGGACAGAUCCCUGUGCUGCAAGACAGCUUCGCUCAGCCUGACGCUGUUCUUUUUCUCCCUGUAGGACUAGCUGUCUGCUAAUUUUGUCAAGCACAGCUGUGGUAGGAAGAAGUAGGGCCAGUGUCUUGAAAAUCAGUCCAGUAGUGAGUAUGAUCUUCUUACAGAGCUAUUUCUGGCUCUUCAUAGAGCUGUUUCCAACCAGAAACAGCUGGAAAAUGGAAGGAAAAAUACAAGUGUGUGCAGAGCAUACAUUUUUUUCUCAGUGUGUGCCUGCAGAAAUCAUUGUAAGAGCCCCAUCCAGCUCAUCUUCCCCAGGAAUCAAUCAUGAUUUUAGUGCAGUUGAAAUAUACUCCUUUCCAAUCAUGUCAGUGAAAGUGCCUUUAACAGGAGAGAUGUCCACUGAAUGGAGUUUGCACAGUUGAGACCACCUACUUGAAAGCAUAGAGCUUCCUGAUGCAGUGGGGACUUAAUUUCCUCCCUUUUCUCUUGUGGACAGGAGUUAUAUAGCAGUAUUAGUUACAAGCUUGGUUGCAGUGUUCUUACCUUGUGGGCUGGUUUCCAAAAACCACAUGCUGCUUACUUGUCCAGGGAUCCUCAUACCUCAGAAUGCAAACCACUCUCCACCAGGCCUCUCUGUUCUCCAGAGAGCUUGAGCUCAAACUCAAGGAUGGAAGGACCUACAGAGGGGGCUCUUUGGUUUGAGGACAACUGCUCAUUCUUCUGCCUUUGCCCUGUCACCCCCCCCCCACCUUCCUCUCUCUCUGCCGCAAAUAAAAGGUCAUGCAUCAGCAGGUUGCCAACCCUUAUCAAGUCUACCAUCUGUUCUCAUAUUUUAUAUAACAUGAAUUCUGUCCAUUUUGGUCCCUAUCUUACUAAUGGACCACUUUUCAAAAGAAUUGUAUUCAAGUUUAACCCUCAGGUUACUAAGAUAAGUAUAUGUAUGUGUAGCCUUUUAUUAUUUCCUGUCUCUCUGGAUAAAGCUUUCAGGUGGUGCUGGGUGAUGGUUAUCAGAACCUAGGUAUACCCUUUGGUCUUCCACGAUCCUGUUGAGGCCAGCUACUUGGUGUGGUAAAGAGCCAGGUGGCUUGUCACUUCACCCAGCCUUUGCAUCAAGCUCUUGAUAGCAGAUACACUAAAUUUACUCCCCCCCCCCCGCAGGGUAAUGGACAUUUCUCUGUCCUUCACAUCCCCUGUUUUUAUUUUUAAGACCAGAGAUAAUGCCGCCAACCCUCGCUUAGAAUAGGUGCAUCUUGUACUGUGUGGCAAGAGAGCCUUACAGCUCUCCCGGUGCCCUGAGCCAGGCCUGAUGCGGCAGUCACUCACUUGGACAGCAAACGGAAGUCUGCUGGGAUGGCAGCUCCUGGACGUGGGGUGCUCGGUGCUUGGCAGCAAGCACUGUAUUCUCAUCUCUGUGAGCCCCUUGGAGUGUUGGGAUAAAUCAAGUCUGAGGCAGUGAGCAGUGGGUACACACACACACCGUGUGCUCUGUGAAUGCCAGCUCUCUUGAAUUUGGAUACUGGUAAUUUUUUAUAGAGUGUAAACCAAGUUUUAUAUUCUAUAAUGCAAACAGGUACCUGUCUGUUUCUAAAUAAAACUGUUUACAUUCA